AAAUCUCAACGUCUAAUUAUAUAAACUCAAUAUAAAUGUACAUAUAAAGAUUUGGUGUGGUUUGUUGUGUUGUUGCUGUGUGACUUGUGGCAGGAAGAACACACCGUGAGUGGCUGAGGUGUAACGUUAGAGCAGCUCUUGAACGCAGCACGAUCAUUUCGUCAGCGCGUACAGGUGAAUGAGCAGCACUGUGUACCUGUCUCACCUGAGCUCUCUCUCUCUCACACACACACACACACACACACACACACACCAGACUGAAGAAUGGGGGGAGAGGAACUCAGGAGCAGCAAUAGAAAUCCCAGUGGACACUUUUCCACACUUCUCCUGCUCAUCCUGACGGCGCACACAGACGGAAUCAUGAACCCAGAUCUGUUCCACCCCCAAACAUCACACCUGGAAAACUACCAGAUCGUCAUACCUCAGCUUGUGCACAAACGAUGGCAGAGACACGACGACUUUGCACAAACACACAGACAGAGAGCAGAUCCCGAGAGUCUGACCUACUCGAUUCAGAUAGAUGACGCUGUUCACCUCUUACACCUAACCAAAAACAAAGAAUUUUUAUCACCUGAUUUCGCUGUGGUCUCCCAUGACGUGCAUCGCAACUCCACGACGAAGCACAGAGAGAAACCUGUGCUGUGUCAUUACUACGGCCGAGUCUCAGGUUAUGAGGAAUCUCUGGUGGCUCUGAGCACCUGUAAUGGACUCAGGGGCGUCAUUUUCAUCGGCAACAAGAGUUACGCCCUCGAACCCGCUUUGCACGCCGCGAACAACGAGCACGUCCUGUUUCCCCUGGAGAACAGUCGGUCGGAUCCGUUUGUGUGUGGGGUGGACAGCGAACGCGAUUGCGGCGAGGACGGCUCCUGCGACCGCACCUUGUCGAUGGAGACGUUUUUACGGAAAAAACGCAACCUGCCUCAGACCAGAUACGUGGAGCUGGCGUUAGUAGUGGACAAUCUGAGGUUUGUAUUCAUGAAGAGCAACCGCACUGCUGUGAGGGAUGAAAUGGUCCAGAUUGCUAAUUUAUUGGACACGUACUACCGGCAGCUGAAUAUCCGCAUCGUCCUGGUGGGUCUGGAGAUUUUCGAGACGAGCAACCCGUUCGACGUGGGGGGAGACCCGAGAGUGGUUUUAGGACAGUUUGUCAAGUGGAGGAAAGCGAACCUGACAUCGCGCAGCGACAUGGGCCAGCUCGUGGUGGGUCAAAAAGGAGCGUACAGUGGAGGGAUUUUGGGCAUGGCCUACGUCGGGACUGUUUGCUCAGCAAGCAGCGGCGGAGGAAUUAGCGUGUAUGGCGACAAUGGGUUUCAGUAUUAUUCCACGGUGCUGGCUCAUGAGAUGGGCCACAAUCUGGGCAUGACCCACGACGACACGCGCUGCAAGUGCGACGGAAGCAGCUGCAUCAUGUAUUCGACCGCCACCGGAUCGACUCUGUUCAGCACGUGCAGUGGUACGGAUUUUGAGAACCUGGUCUUGCGUGGAGGAGGCGCGUGUUUGCUGAACCAGCCGCCUCAGGACAGCGUCAUCUCCGCGGCCCAGUGCGGCAACGGCAUCCUGGAGGCGGGGGAAGACUGCGACUGCGGACCGCCCCAGAGCUGCAACAGUAAAUGCUGUAACGCGGCUACGUGCACUUUCACAAAGGGUUCAGCCUGCGCUGCUGGCCUCUGCUGCAAAGACUGUCAGAUUGUGGUGUCUGGUACGCCCUGCAGACAAUCUGUGAACCAGUGCGACCUGCCGGAGUACUGCAACGGCACAUCCGCGUUCUGCCCUUCAGACUUCUAUCUAAUGGACGGCCUUACCUGCGAGGGCGGCACCGCCUACUGCUUCGAGGGCCGGUGCCAGACGCUGGACUACCAGUGCAAGCAGCUCUUCGGCCAAAACGCAAUAAAAGCCAACGAUCAAUGCUUCAGCUACGUGAAUACACAGGGCACCAAGUUUGGAAACUGCGGUUACUCCGGAUCCAGUCUGGUCCCGUGUUCUGUGGACAAUUCCAUGUGUGGGAAGGUACAGUGCACAAACUUUGACUCGAACUACCCCCCGGCCGGGGCGGUCAUCAGCGUCCAGGACAUAGCACCAGGGGUCUCGUGCAGGAACGCCGAUUUCAACCUGGGAACAGACGUCCUGGACCCGGGAUACGUUAAAACAGCGACAGUGUGCGCUGCAGGCAGAGUCUGUGUGAACUUCCAGUGUGUGAAUUCAUCCGUGCUGACACAAGGCCAGAAGUGUGAUGCUGUAAAGGACUGCAAUAGCAAUGGGGUGUGUAACAAUAACGCCCACUGUCACUGCAACAAUGGCUGGGCUCCUCCUGACUGCAGAACAUGGGGAAGAGGAGGCAGUGUGGAUAGUGGACCUGCUCAAAUAGAUUACACGCUGAGGAAUGGCCUGUUGAUCUUCUUCCUGUUGGUGCUGCCCGUUCUGGUGCUGCUGGUGUUGGGUUUUCUUUACAUAUUCAGACGGGACUCUCUAAACAGGUGCUUCAGGCGCCGACGGUCCAAACAGAGCAGGGCGACCGAAGCGAGCGCUCCGAGGAACGGCCAGCCAAGCGGAAACGUACAAACACCUGCGCGUCCUCCACCGCCAACGCAAGGUCCUCCUACGUAUCCACAGUAUCCGUCUGCCACCUCUGGAGCUCAGGCAAGUUCUAACAGUCAGGGUUCUGGUGGCGUGCAGCCUGCGAUUUUCACUACUCAGCUUCCCAGAAAUGGACCUGGAGUUCCUCGACCCAUUCCACCCAGGAACAUCGUCACUUGAGCAAACUCAGAGAAGGAUGUUUGUGGAAAGAUGCGAUGCUAAUCAUCACAGUGAAGGAAUGACCUGCUAGGCUCCAGUGUUAUGUAAUAUCAUUCUGUCAGUGACUAUUCGAAACAUGUUUUAAUUCUUUUUUUAAUGGUUUACAUAUUUGAGAUUAUUCAGUUGUUAUCUGGUUGUUGUUCGGUUGUUAUUCGGCUGUUAUCUGGUUCCCUCAUUACCUGUGGGUUUUUUUUUUUUACACACACACACACACACACACACACACAGUGUCUAUAUAGUUAAGCAGAUUCGACUGCUGUUACGUAUUUUAUCUAAGUUUAACUAUUUUACCCAUGGCUGAGUCUAAACAUAUAUUUUUUAAAAAAUAAAACAAUAACACAAGAAAGCAGGAUUUAUGACUUGGUCAAGAUGUACAAAUCGGUGACGCUAUCAGUAUCCGUGCCAACCUGUGCUAUGAAAUUGACCUGGAACUUCGUGGAAGUAGAGAAAAGUUUAAUCCAACUUCCGGCUAGGUCAGUGCGCCAGUGAAUCUGACGGCGAAGUCACCAAACAGGAAGUGAGGCUGUAUCUAAGCACCAACUUUGCACCCUGACACAAAUCUUGGUAGGCAUCCUCAGGACUGUGCCCUGAAGCUGUGCGACAAAUUUUGUGACAGCGCCACUUAAUGGUCAGUAAUUACAAUAACAAGUUCACAAACGCUUCCAUCCGAGUGCCAUUUUUGCUACUCCUCGCUGCGUUCCUUUUUCUAAUCCAUGUCAAAUAUUAAAUAAAGAUUUAAGAGAAAA